AUCUAUCCAGGAUGAGGAUGAGACACUGAGAGUGAGUGAGAGACACCAAGUGUGUAGACUGACGGCUAGUGCAGGAACAGCUGAAGGGAACUAGCGGUGUAGCCUGGGUCUCCUGCCCAGAGGGAUCUGCUUUUCCCCCCUCUUCCAAGAAGCCACCCCUUAGAUUACGGACCCAGGGACUCCAAGUGAAAACUGAAAACUAGUCUGUCACGAUGGGUGAAAUAGAGCAGAUGAAGCAGGAGGCUGAACAGCUGAAGAAGCAGAUUGAGGAAGCUCGAAAAGCUUGUGCUGAUACUACACUUGCUCAGCUUGUUGCUGACAUGGAAGUGGUUGGGCGCAUACAGCUGCGGACAAGGAGAACUCUGCGUGGACAUCUGGCCAAGAUCUACGCUUGUCACUGGGCCACAGAUUCCAAACUUUUGGUCAGUGCUUCACAAGAUGGAAAACUCAUUGUAUGGGAUACUUAUACAACCAACAAGGUUCACGCCAUCCCUCUCCGGUCUUCUUGGGUCAUGACCUGUGCCUAUGCUCCAUCAGGGAAUUUUGUGGCCUGUGGAGGUCUUGACAAUAUGUGCUCCAUCUAUAACCUCAAAAGUCGUGAAGGAAGUGUGAAAGUGAACAGGGAGCUCUCAGCUCACGCAGGCUACCUUUCUUGCUGCCGAUUCCUGGAUGACAAUAAUAUUGUAACUAGUUCUGGGGACACCACUUGCAUGCUGUGGGAUAUUGAGACAGGGCAGGUGAAGACCACAUUCAUAGGACACACUGGGGACUGCAUGAGCCUGGCUGUCUCUCCGGACUUCAAGCUUUUCAUUUCAGGAGCCUGUGAUGCCAGUGCCAAACUGUGGGACAUCCGAGAAGGAGUUUGCCGUCAGACAUUUACAGGACAUGAAUCAGAUAUCAAUGCAAUUUCAUUCUUCCCCAGUGGGGAAGCCAUCUGCACUGGUUCUGAUGAUGCCUCCUGUCGCCUCUUUGAUCUUCGGGCAGAUCAAGAGCUCAUCAACUUUGCUCACGAGAGCAUUACGUGUGGAAUUACUUCAGUGGGUUUCUCCCGCAGCGGGCGCCUCCUCCUGGCCGGAUAUGAUGAUUUUAAUUGCAAUAUCUGGGAUAGUUUGAAAGCAGAGCGUGUGGGCCUCCUGUCUGGACACGAUAAUAGGGUGAGCUGUUUGGGAGUAACUGCAGAUGGCAUGGCUGCAGCGACUGGCUCUUGGGACAGUUUCCUGAAAGUUUGGAACUGAAGAAGCUGUGUGAAAAGAAAAGUGAAUAUGGCGAGGCUUUUUCAGAUGUACCUUUGAGUACCACCAUUGACAUUUUUGUUCUAUGCAGAUAUUGGUACAUACCACGCUUACCUCCCUAAGGAGAAGCUCAGGGAAAGAAUCCACACAGGUCAAUUCUUCUGAUACUCUUUGGAACCUUCCCCAAACUCAGGGGUCCCUUUCUGUGACUGCCUCCAGGUGUGACAUCAGCAAGGUAGCAAUUCCUACUUACUGUACCCAAAUUAGAAACCCUCAAGAAACUUCUAAAUGAAUCCCUUAUUUCCUGUCCCCUAACUUCUGAUUUUCAUGUUAUGAAUACCACAAAGACCUCAGACAAUUAUAGUGUGUCCUUGGACGUAUCUUCAAGUGGUUUAUCACAGCAAGUAUUCUGCAAUGAAUUUUAUUCACUUUUCUCUUGAAGAAAUAUAUAGCUCAUUGUUUUACUCUACUCAUUGCCUGGGAAGGAGUUUGUUGCUCCUAUUUUGAGCACCGGAGCCAGGAAUACUUAAUUUAAUCUUAUUGAUUAUCUAUGUUAAUUCCAUAUCUUGCACACUUAGCAUUCCGGCAUCCUUUAGGCUCCUCCAAGUCAGUGCUUUAUGAUGUAAUUAUUAUAAAGUUGUUUUAUAGCCCAGGCAAAAUAAAGCUGAAAUAAUUGGA